GCUGCGUGGGGUGCGUUUGGCCGGGCAAGGACACACAGGGCUAGGGUGACAUUUGUGUGAGUUAGCUAAGUAACGCAUACUAGCAUGAUACAAGUGUCAACCUGUCUGUGACUAUUGUACAAUCCCUGGCUUGGAGAAGCUCUGCAUCGACACUGACUUCAGUGGGUUUUCAUCCGUAAAAGGUUUGUCAGGGUAGAGAGCUUGCUGCUGUAGUUUGGAAGUGUCCAGAGUCAUCUGACGGAGCUGCUCAGUGUGUCCCGGUGGUGUCCUCUGUGCUGCUCUGCUGUGGGUGAUGGUCAGCUGGUGACUGGGGUAGCUCCUGGCCCCUGUGGUGAAUGGCUGUGAGCAGAGGUGGUGUCGCCUUCUGGGUGGGUUGUGUCCGCACCCAUGGCCGAAGGCAACCCAUCACAAACCAGAGCUGGAGUUUCAGUCAGGUGGUUGACUUGCAGUGGAUCUAUCAGACACGCCCCCUGAGCAGUGCAUCAUGGGCCCUGGCACCUCCCAACAGCCUGAGAUAUCAGAACAUUAAGCAGCCUGUCCUGUCUCACCCGUUCCAUCAUGCUAGCCAGCCACAGAGAGGUGCUUUCUACGAGGAGGACUGGGAAGAGACUUCACUCAGCAUGUGCAUGCUGGUACGACAGGGGGAGUCAGGCAGCCCGCACACCCUGCUGGAGAUCCCUUUGUUCUUUGGUCAGAAUAAACUAGCAGAGCUCCUCGCUCAGGGGGCUCACAGGUCCUCAGAGUUCUCCUUCCCCCUGACCAUGGUGGAUGGCAGUCGAGUGGAUGACAUUAGCGUCGACGGCUUCAAGAGAAACAGUAUUGACGCUGUAAAACGAGAACAUGGCUGUUUCCGAAGCCUGUUUGAAGCAGAGAGGUGUCCUGCACCCUUCAUGUAUGGCUCUCAAUUUUAUUGUUUCCAUUGCCCGGGAACAGAGCCGGCAUCUACCGGCAGCCUGAAAUCUAGGCAGGAUGUUGGACUUGAGAACAAGCCUGUGGAGCUGCCUCUGCUGCAUCCUACAUCUCUGUGUAGCCAUGCACAGAGAGCAGAGGGGGGUCACAUUGAAAGAGAAAGUGAAGGAGAAGAGAAACUGGCCGUGAUGUAUGAAAGGCUGAGGAUAGAGCUUCCAAAUUUCUUUACGAACAAACAUGACUACAGCAUGUACUCAGAUGAUGUGGAAUUCAUCAAUGGACUUCUCAAUACCAAGACCAGAGGCCGUGUGGUGUACCAGCUCACACUCUCCCUGUGGCGCUUCCUGUUUCUGUGUUACUACACCAAGGCCUGGCUGGAGGUGCUGAAGCUGACUAAGCACAUGGAGGAUGGGACCAUUAAGGCUCGCUGGAGGAUCAGGGGCCUUCCCUUCCAUUCUCUGCUGCUGCGCUUCUACCGCAAAGACAAAUCUCAUCUGUACAGGUCAUAUGAUGCAUUCUCUACUUUCUACAUUGGGCAGGAUGGACUCAUUCACUGUCAUAAAGUAGAAAAGGUGAUGCCAGCUCAGCCCCCCGUCCUGCCCAGGGUAACGUCAGUCCUUGCUGGCGCUCUGGUGGCUCUGGGAGUGCAGGAGCAUCGACCUGCUCUCAACCUGCUGCCCCUCCUCCUGUCUUCAGUGCGACAGGAGAGAAACUGAAAAAAGGACGAAGUUUAGAGGAGUAACGGCCAGUGGAGUCAACAGUGUGUCAAAGUCCAUGCCACUCUGACAGGUCUCAUUCAUUCUCAACAUAGGAACGCUUAAAAAUGGAAAGAUCACUUCUGUAUCCUGAGAUCGAUUAUUAUUGCCUCUGAAUUAAAUACAGUCAAGACUUCAUACUGCUUUUCUUUUUUCUGAUUUUAGUGUUACCAUUUGUAUCAUUUUAGAUGUUAAUCUGAUCGCAUGUCUGGGUUGUGUCUCCUACGUCUUCUCUGUGCCAGUCAGCUGUAAUUUAACAGAUUUUGAUUCAAUUUUAUUGUUCAAAUAUUUAUGUGACGAUUUGAAAUUUAAGGAUUUGAAACUUUGCUUUUCCAUUUUUGAAACUGGAAGUCAACAUUUAACACAUCCAACACUAAAGAGGCUGCCUGAAACACAACAUACUUCAUGAUGUGACUCUCACAGACUCCAUAUGAGGAACAUGUGCAACUUUGCAAUGGAUAAAAAUCCAAAUGUUACUAAGCAUGUCCUCCCAACAGGACUAUACUUCAUCCACAGAUUGAUAUCCAUUUUUUCAUAGAACAUGCACUUUUCCCUUCAAAUCGCCUGCCCACUAUCACAGUAGCUUCAUGAGGAUAUUUCUGGUAUAUAAUAUAGUGGCUUGGAUAUAUCAGUUACUUAUCUUAGCCACAAAGUUUGUUACCUCUGCAGACAACCUGCAUGAUACAGACCCACAUCAUUUAUCUAUGCUACUGGACUAAAAUUGCAUCAAAAGACUGAAUUGUCACACAUAGGAACACCUGAUUGCUGAUGUGCUGUGUUUGGAAAAGGAGAUUUGGGUGUUUUUGUCUGUCUGUUUGAACUGGAGUGAGAAAGAAAAGUUUUACUCUGGAAGACUUCAGCCAUUAGCAGUGGAUUCUGGAGUGGAUGUUGGAGUUAGAGUUCAGAUGCUUUCUGGGCCUCAAUAUGCCUCAGUUCUUCACACAACUACUUCUGUCAGUUUUUGUGUGAAUAAUUUAGUGCAACACCAUGAAUGCCUUAAAGGAGGGACAGUCUAAAAAUGUUAUCCCAUUUGAACAGUUCCACAUGUCUCAACCCUCACAAUGAAACAUGGUAUGACAUGUAUGAAUUAGCUCCCAGCAUGCCCUGGCCUUUAGAUCAUCCAAGAAGCAUUACAAUUAAAUCAUACGGUUGUCCUUACAGGACACUUUCACAUAUUUUAGAAAACCGCUUUCUCUGCAGUGUUGGCCACCAGCUGUCCCUCAAAAGUCCUUUCUCCUCUUCUUUGCAAUAUCUUAUUGUUGCUCUUGUCCAAAGAAGAGUUCUCUUCAGUACCAAACAGACUGAACUGCUAUGGCCCUAACUUUCUGGAGGUCAAAAAUGUGAUCAGAAAUUCUAAAGUGAACACGAGAACUUUCUGGUGUUCCUUCAGAGAGAUUAUAUCAAUUAGUCUGAAUAUCAAAUAAUCUGAGCCCAGCAUGC